CAUUGUGACCUAACGCUGGAACCAGUGAACUCGGAGUCACUGAGCCUGGCAUAAAAGCAGAACAACAGAGACCAACACAAUGCCGUCUGAGCUGUUUGUCCGUGGGAUGCUCUAUCUAUCCCUCACUGUUCUUGGAGUCCCAGGUAACACUGCUAUCAUCCUGGCUUUCCAUCUCUUGCUAUAUCAAGAGAACCGGCUCCUCCGAGCUGAUAUUAUUGUCCUGCACCUGGCUUGGGCCAACCUGCUGGUGGUGGGUGUUCGCUGUCUGCUGGAGACCCUGGCAUCCUUCUGUCUGGCCAACAUCUUCGGAGACACAGGCUGUAAAGCUGCGCUCUUUAUCCACAGAACAUCCCGCUCCCUCUCCAUCUGGAUCACCUUUGUCCUAAGUGCCUACCAGUGCCUGAGCCUUGCCCCUCCUGGAUCACACUGGGCCUCUGUCUGUGCCAUGGUAGCUCACAAUCUGAGCUUUGUAUUUCACUUUAUCUGGCUGCUUAACACCUGCGUGAGCUCAACAGCCAUACUCUUCUCCUUCAGCACCCGGAAUAACUCCAUCCCGACAAACAGUGGCAUCAAUAUAGAAUUUUGCUUUCUGCAAUUCCCCUCAAGGUUGUUCAAAGAGGUUAAUGGGGCAGUCCAGGUGGUCAGAGACGUGGUGCCCAUAGCCCUCAUGACCCUAGCCAGUGUGUUGAUCCUGGUCUGCCUUUACAAGCACAGCCAGCAGGUGAAGGGACUCGAUAAUGGGCUUGGGGUGUACACUAUCACUGUGAGGACCUUGAGUUCCUCGCUGCUCUCUGACCUGUGUGUAUUCUUCUCCUCCCUCUAUGCAGCACUAAGCCCUGUGGUCAUUAUUGCAUCUAACAGGAAAGUGAAUGCCAGGCUGAGGUGUGUAGUGCAAAAGAAGGCUACGAGUACAACAACUACAUGAAUCCAAAUGGGAUAACUGAUUGCUCACAGGUCUGCAGAGGAAGCUGAGAUGAUGAGGACUACAUUUUUGUAAAGUCUGGGUCAUACAUGGGUCAUUCUAGUUUUGUAAUAUACUAGUUAAAUAAUGUUGCAUGAUAGGGGUUGGAGGAAAGAUUCUGCUUUCACCCAUACUGGCUUGAGCGAUUGUGAAUUCAUACACUUUUUGUAUUAAAACAUUUUUAUUUUUGAGACUUUAAAGACAAAUUGUAACAACUUAUGAGUGUUUAACACCUGUAGCUUUGGAUGUCCCCCUAAGCUACAGGUGCGUCCCCUUCCCCCUGGGUGGGGGGAGAAGGGGGAGGGGAUGCUG